AUGCGAUCUAAUUCCUUCUCCGCCGCAUCGCCUGCGCCGAAAAGCUCUCAAAAUGGAUACUUGGUUGUCGUGUACAUUGCGGGAUGGUAUCUCUUCUCGAUGUCCAUUUCCAUCUACAACAAAUGGAUGUUCGGCCUGGGACUCAAUUUCAGCUUCCCUUUGUUCAUCACGGCAUUCCACCAGGUGUGCCUUCUUCUUCUCAGUGGAGCAGGAUUGUUUUUCCGGCCGAAACUUCGGCCUACCGUCAAUGUUUCUGAGGUUUCUUCUGCAGAAGGAACCUUGGCUAAAUUCUGUGCAUCGUUGGUGAUGUCUGCCGGGGCGUACGCGAUCAACAUCUUGCCUUGUGCUGUGGCUUCUGCCGGGGAUAUUGGGCUCAGCAACGUUUCUCUCCGCUACAUCUCUUUGACGCUUUACACCAUGCUCAAAACAUCAUCUUUAGCAUUCGUGUUAUUGUUUGGGCUUUUGUUCCGCUUGGAACGGUUCAACUGGCGUCUUGUCGCCAUAGUUGCAGUCAUGUGUGUUUCGGUUAUGAUGAUGACGCAGAAACCGGCCCAAGACAGAGACGAAAACCAGGUUCUCGGCAUUAUGCUCAUUUUGGGAGCCUCAUUUGUGCUGGGCAUCCGCUGGUGUUUCACACAACUUCUUUUGAAGAAGAGCGACUAUACGAGGAACCCUGUACUGACGAUUUUUUACAUUUCCCCUGCAAUGACAGUGGUUCUUUUCUUAUUUGCCCUUAUGGUCGAAGGUUGGCCAUCUUUUAUCUCUCUGGACAUUUGGGCCGCCAAAGGUACAGCAUGUACAAUAUUCCUUAUGAUUAUUCCCGGAAUUUUGGCAUUUUUGAUGACAUUGUUCGAGUUCCAGCUUCUCUCUGUAGCACCGGUCUUGACUUUGUCCAUCGCUGGCAUUUUCAAGGAAUUGCUCACAAUCAUGUUUAGCUCAGCCAUUUUUGGCGAUCGUUUAAGCAUGCUCAAUUGCAUUGGGGUGGUUAUCACAUCGAUCGAUGUGCUAUGGUACAAUUAUUAUAGAUUUGUGGAAAAGGAUGCCACUGACGAAAGCUACACUGCUUUGUCCGGUCUGGAAGAAGGUGAGGGUAUUGAGUUGAAACAGCAUUAG